AUGCAAGGUGGAAAGGCCUUUGGCCAGCUGAAGGACAAGCAGUCCGCUGAACUGGACCGCCUCAACGAGCAAAUCAUCAGCGAUGGCAAGUAUGAGCAAACAGACGACCUCGCCGAGAAGCUGGAGAAGUUCAAGCACAAGUUCAUGGAGUUUGACGAGGACCACAGCGGCGACAUUGACAUGAUGGAGCUCAAGCGCAUGAUGGAGAAGCUUGGCCAGCCCAAGACCCAUCUGGAGCUCAAGAAGAUGAUUGCCGAAGUGGACACCAACGACUCUGGCACCAUCAACUACCACGAGUUUGUGCAGAUGAUGCUUGGCCCCAAGAAGUCCAUCCUCCGCAUCAUCCUCAUGUAUGAAGAGAUGGCCAAGCCCAAGGACGACGCUCCCAAGGGGCCCCCGCCAAAGCGCAGCCUCGCUGAUCUCCCUUGAGUUGAGGAGACUGCACUCCCCCUACAACAACAGCACGUUGCUGCGCGUGUUGUGUCGUCUUCUUCUCGUGUGAUCAUGAUGUUCAAACGUGCAGUUGUUCUGUUCACCCGUUCACUUGUUUGAGUUUGCGCACGCCUUGCUUGCGUUUGCAUGCCUGUAUUAUGUACUCACGCCUCCUCCUUGGCGCCAUUAAACGAUUGCCUGUCCUG